UUCGAUGAUAGUCUAACAUCUCUCCUUCGGGAGUCUCUAGUUUAUCCUACAGCUGAAUGCUGAUUUAGAGCAUCAGAACUGUGUAGAAAGUGGAAAUCUUUUGUAUUUUGUGAAUGAUGCGAGUCUAGAAACCAUGGAUUUAACAGCCUUCUGCCAAAGCCUACCAAAAUUAGAACUGCAUGCGCAUCUGAAUGGAUCAUUGAGCCCUGGAACACUGCUAAAGUUAAACGCAUUGCACAAUCUAAACGGCAACGAUGGGGACGCAGAUAGAAGUGAACGUCAGCUGCAGCCCAUGGAACUGGGAGACCAGAAUUCACUGGAAGCGUGUUUCAAGAUGUUUUCGAUAGCUCAUGAGCUGACCUCUGCGCCGGAAUAUGUCCGUAUUGCCACAGAACAUGUGAUACGAGAAUUUCAUGAUGACAAUGUUAUUUAUUUGGAACUAAGAAGUACUCCACGGGCUAUCCAAGGAGGCAUGUCUAAAAAAGAAUACAUAGAAGCAAUAAUAGAUGCUAUAAGAGCCUCGGAAGUCUCCUAUCCAAAAAUAAUGGUGAAAUUUCUCAUAUCAGUAGACCGGAAGCGGGGAUACAAGGAUGCUCGUGAGAAUAUUCAGCUUGGGAUUGAACUGAGAAAAAAAUAUGCAAAGUAUGUCGUUGGUAUUGAUCUGAGUGGUGAUCCUACCAAAGAGAGUGCAUUCAUAGAACUUCUCCAUAUUUGCAGAGAAGCCGGUCUCAAAAUUGCGGCACACUGUGCAGAGGUGCCAAACCCCGUGGAAGUUAAGGAUAUUUUAAACUUCAAGCCAGACAGACUUGGUCACUGUACUUGUAUUCAUCCCAACUUAGGUGGUUCCAAGGAACUAUUGGAAAUGCUCCUGGCAUCCAACAUACCUGUAGAAUUAUGCCCGACUUCAAAUGUGAAAUGUGGAACCGUGCCGAAUUACGAAUCCCACCAUUUCCAAUAUUUAUACAAGGCUGGUCAUCCAAUUUCUUUAUCCACGGACGACAAGGGAGUCUUCGCAACUUCUCUUUCCAAGGAAUAUGAAUACAUAGCUGAACAUUUCAGUAUCGGAUUGAGUGACCUGCGAAAAAUCGCAAGAUCAGCAAUCAAUUAUACCUUCGCUAGCGAUGUCGAAAAGGAAAAACUGGCAGCGCUCUUCGAUUCCACCGAAUAUUUCUAAACCGAUGAACGUGUAACGGCGAUGAAAAUAUUUGUAUGACUCAGCAACGGAAAUCUGUAAUGGAAAAUUAAAAUUAAUAUCAAA